AUGAAUAAUUUUGAAAAAUUGAAUUUGAAAAUCUCAAAAUCUCAGAAUCUCAGAAUUUCAGAAUCUCGGAAUCUCAGAAUCUCAGAAUCUCAGAAUCUCAGAAUCUCAGAAUCUCAGAAUCUCAGAAUCUCAGAAUCUCAGAAUCUCAGAAUCUCAGAAUCUCAGAAUCUCAAAAUCUCAGAAUCUCGAAAUUUCAGAAUCUCAGAAUCUCAGAAUCUCAGAAUCUCAGAAUCUCAAAAUCUCAGAAUCUCGGAAUCUCAGAAUCUCAGAAUCUCAGAAUCCCAGGAUCUAAGAAUCACAGAAUCUCAGAAUCCCAGGAUCUAA